GAAAAACGCUUGUCAGCAUAAUAAAAUGGCUAAUCAGGUGAAUGGUAAUGCGGUACAGUUAAAAGAAGAGGAAGAACCAAUGGAUACUUCCAGUGUAACUCACACAGAACACUACAAGACACUGAUAGAGGCAGGCCUCCCACAGAAGGUGGCAGAGAGACUUGAUGAAAUAUUUCAGACAGGCUUGGUAGCUUAUGUCGAUCUUGAUGAAAGAGCAAUUGAUGCUCUUAGGGAAUUUAAUGAAGAAGGAGCCCUCUCUGUAUUACAGCAAUUUAAAGAAAGUGACCUGUCGCAUGUACAGAACAAAAGUGCAUUUUUAUGUGGAGUUAUGAAGACCUACAGGCAAAGAGAGAAACAAGGCAGCAAAGUACAGGAAUCAACGAAGGGACCAGAUGAAGCAAAGAUUAAGGCUUUGCUAGAGCGGACUGGUUACACUUUGGAUGUAACUACAGGACAGAGGAAAUAUGGGGGUCCUCCUCCAGAUACUGUAUAUUCUGGUGUUCAGCCUGGCAUUGGAACAGAGGUUUUUGUUGGUAAAAUUCCCCGAGACCUUUAUGAAGAUGAAUUGGUACCACUCUUUGAGAAAGCUGGUCCAAUUUGGGAUCUGCGUCUCAUGAUGGAUCCUCUUUCUGGUCAAAACAGAGGUUAUGCUUUCAUUACCUUUUGUAGUAAAGAUGCAGCACAAGAAGCAGUCAAACUGUGUGACAACUAUGAAAUCCGUCCUGGAAAGCACCUUGGAGUAUGCAUCUCCGUGGCAAACAACAGGUUAUUUGUUGGGUCAAUUCCAAAGAACAAAACUAAGGAGAACAUAUUGGAAGAGUUUGGUAAAGUCACAGAGGGUUUGGUGGAUGUAAUUUUGUAUCAUCAACCUGAUGAUAAAAAGAAGAAUCGAGGAUUCUGCUUCUUGGAAUAUGAGGAUCACAAGUCAGCAGCACAAGCUCGCCGACGCCUGAUGAGUGGGAAAGUAAAAGUCUGGGGAAAUGUUGUUACAGUGGAAUGGGCUGAUCCAGUAGAGGAACCUGAUCCAGAAGUCAUGGCGAAGGUUAAAGUUUUAUUUGUAAGAAACUUGGCCACUACUGUGACAGAAGAAAUUCUUGAGAAAUCGUUUUCUGAAUUUGGAAAGCUGGAAAGAGUAAAGAAGUUGAAGGAUUAUGCGUUUGUUCAUUUUGAGGACAGAGGUGCAGCAGUGAAGGCUAUGAAUGAAAUGAAUGGGAAAGAGAUAGAAGGGGAAGAAAUUGAAAUAGUAUUAGCAAAGCCACCGGAUAAGAAAAGGAAAGAACGUCAGGCUGCCAGACAGGCCUCCCGGAGCACUGCGUAUGAAGACUAUUAUUACUACCCUCCGCCUCGCAUGCCACCUCCUAUUAGAGGCCGAGGCCGUGGAGGAAGAGGUGGAUAUGGCUAUCCCCCAGAUUACUAUGGCUAUGAAGAUUAUUAUGAUGAUUACUAUGGCUAUGACUAUCAUGACUACCGUGGUGGCUACGAAGAUCCCUAUUACGGCUAUGAUGAUGGCUAUGCUAUAAGAGGAAGAGGAGGAGGAGGAAGGGGUGGGAGAGGUGCCCCUCCACCACCUAGGGGGCGGGGAGCACCACCACCAAGAGGUAGAGCUGGCUACUCACAGAGGGGGGCACCCAUGGGACCGCCGAGAGGAGCCAGGGGGGGGAGAGGGGGCCCUGCGCAGCAGCAGAGAGGACGCGGUGCUCGUGGAGCCAGGGGCAACCGUGGGGGCAACGUAGGAGGCAAGAGAAAGGCAGAUGGGUACAACCAACCUGAUUCCAAGCGCCGUCAGACCAACAACCAGCAGAAUUGGGGCUCCCAACCCAUCGCUCAGCAGCCGCUCCAGCAAGGUGGUGACUAUGCCGGUAACUAUGGUUACAAUAAUGACAACCAGGAAUUUUAUCAGGAUACUUAUGGGCAACAGUGGAAGUAGACAAGUGAGGAGGGAUUAAGAAUAUUGGAAACAUAGAAUUGGCUAUAGCUCUACAUCUUUCAAAAAAAAAAAAAAAAAAAUUGGCUUAAUGUUUCAUCCUUCAGUAGCGAUUGGCUGCCAUUUGUAUUGGGCUGAAGAAUCACUCUAUUGUGUAUAUACUCGAGUCUCUUAGUUUUCUUUUUUCAUAAACGCACUUGGACAUUACUGGGCUUGCAGAAUUCCUGAACUCCAUAUGGGGUUUCAGUGCUUUUAUCAUUUUAGGCUUCAUUUUAGCAGUUUAAAAGCAGGAAUGGCACACUGUUCAAUCAUGAUUUUGCAGAACCUCUGGUUUUGGACAGUUUCUUCUUUUUCCUUUUUUUUUUAUUUUUAAUUUUUUUUUUUGGAUUUGGGAUAGACUACAUAGGAGUAUGCUGUACAUAAAAGUAAAAGCUAGUGCUUUGUCUUAGUAGUUUUAAGAAAUUACAACAAAUUAAGUUUUCUUGUAUUGAAAAUAACAUGAUUGUAUGUUUUGCAUUCCUAGAAGUAGGAUAACUGUGUUUUUAAAUUGUUAUAACUUCACACCUUUUUGAAAAUCUGCCCUACAAAAUUUGUUUGGCUUAAAACGUCAAAGCCGUGGCAAUUUGUUCCUUGAUGUGAUUGUAUUUCCAAUUUCUUGUUCAUGUAAGAUUUCAAUAAAACUCAAAAAUCUAUUCAAAACAUUACCUAUUUCAAAUUCAAUUGUGUCCUAAAACAUUAUUUCAUUGGUAAUUCUUGUGAAAAAUACUGUUUUCAAAGUAUAACUGCCUAUGUGAGUGAUCAAAUUUGUGCAAAAUUUCCUGUGCUUUCCAGCAUGUAGCACUGUGGACAUCAGACUGAAAACUAGGAGAAAUUGCAGACAGCCCAAAAGGCACUCACUGUUUAAUUGCUGGUCAAUAAUUUAUCAGCAUCCAAUUUUGAAACUUUUUUUUUUCCUAUUUAAAAGUGUUGAAUUGUAUCCAAGCAUUCACAGAGAUCAAAUUUAAAUAUAAGUCUUCUAAUGUAAAGUGGAGAAGGAAGCAGAUCCUACAGUGGUGUUAAUUUUGUUCCUUUGAUGAUGUCCUGUGGAGUCCCUGUGGAGGCUGUUCUGGUAGGAUCCAGCCUUAUUGUAUAACUGAGCAUACAAACACACAGGGAAAUUAUUUUGAUCUCAAGCAUCUUAGUCUAAUCUGAAAUAAUAUUUGACUAGGAAUCAGAAUUACAACUUGGGUGCUGUGGCACGCUAAGCUAACCUCUUGCUAUGGAUAACACAAAUGUACUCUCCAGAUUCUGCUUAUUUCUAUCUUGACAUUUUAAUUUGAUGUUCUGCCAUGAUGAACAAUUUGCCUUAGAAUUCUCCUGCCUUAUAAUAAAGGCUGUUAAAAAGUUUAAGACUUUAUCUUUUGAGGGCAUUGCUAGCUACAUUAUAUUAUGUGUUGCUUUGACCCUUGUCUUGGACAUUCCCAGAUGUCAAUUUUAACUGGCAAAUCAUGACAUUACUCUUCUGUUGCAUCUAAGCCAUUCUGUACCCCAAUGAAGAACAUUUGCUUCUCAAGAAAAGAGAGAAACAAACGGAUUUAUACUUUCUCUAAAGAAAACUAUUGCCGGACUUCUAAAUAUCCAAAUCCAAUACAUUGCUCAUACUUGAUUUACAGCAUUCCAAACACAGACUAUUGAGGAAGUUAAACUUCAGUGGUCAUACUCCUCCCUUUGUCUUCUAUUCCUGUCUGGUGUCUCAAGUGUGUUAUGUCAGAAUAUACCCAGUAAGAUGAGUCUCCCCACACUGCUAUGGAUCUGGAAUGGGAUUGCAGGGUUUGAGUUGUGACCUGAAUCGAAGAUGUCUUUAUCUCCUUCUCAGAAAUGGGUUUGCCCAUGUCAGGCUCUUCCAAUUAAUAGAAUUGGUCAUAAGUAGCUUAAAAGUUCUUCUAAAAAAAUCAGUAUCUAGUAUGUUGGGGUUUGGGGUUAUUUUUCCCCACUUCAUAAAGUUAAUGGGGCCAAGUCAUGUCCUUCCUGUUUCUUACCUGAACAGUGAACUCAGAGGGCUAUUGCCUGAGUAUACACUUCAGGCUUUGGCUUGUGAUAACGAUCUGGUUCGUAAAUCUGUUUUAACACAAAAGUUUUGCUGCCCUAUCUGUAUGACUUUCUGGUAGUUCUACAGCUCUUGUAGUGCCUAGCAGAACCCUGUAGUCCCAAUAAGUACUGGCUUUUCAGUAUUCAUUGUAAAGGGGAUCUAGUGCAAGGAGCUUAAUUGGAAUCCCAUUUCAAGUCCUCUCCAUUCCAUCUUGGAAGAAGGUAGUUUUCCCAUAUUGCACAUGUUAGCCUAGGAGAGGUGAGGUGCUAGUAAAUCCUGUGGGGGGUGUGGGGCGGAAGUGAAACACCUCAGUUAUAGUGAUUACAAAACAGCUGAGAAAGAAAAAAGUUAAAAUUGUCUUCCUCAAUUCCUAAGGCUGAAUCUUGUAUUUACUUCUGCCCAAAUCACCAUUUAUGCUAGUAAAUACGAGGAGUGAGCUAUGCAUUUUUAUAAUUGAAAAUCAUAACAAUUAAACUCAGUAGAAGUUUAUAUUUACAAGAAAUAACAAGUUCUUUGAUUUAUGUGGUUUAUGGCUUCUCAAAUUCACCUUUUAAAUUUGCAGCAGUACUUUUAUUUAGUCUUUAGAUAAGGGGUGCUACAGCUUACUCGAAUAGUGGUGUGUGCUGAACUUGAAGAACUUAAUGAAAAGAUGAAAAAAAAUUAUCAAGCAAAGAUAUUAUAGUACAGUGGAAAACUCAUGCCUGACUCAAGGGAAGAAAUUCUCAGCACAAUUUUGACAUCUAGUUAAAAAAUAAAAUUAAAUUUACUCUUGUGCAUUUCUUUUGAUUGUUUCUUUAGUAUAACUUAGCAAAGAUCCUCUAUAAUAUGUUGAAAAUGGAUUUCAACUUACACACCAAUAUUCAGCUUCUAUGUCCUGCUGGCAUUGGAGGAGGAGCCAUGAAAUGGAGUUUUAAUAAUCAUUUGAUCACUCAUUUAUAGCAGUUGUUUAAAUGUCUGUAUUGAUAAGGUGUUUGACUUAAGAAGCAAGUUACCAGAUUCCUAGCAGUUCCAAAACAUGAGCAAAAUACUUUUAUAGCUACUGUGUUAUUAUAUACUUAAUUUCACUUUAUUAACAAGUCAGUUUACUAAACUCAACUUAUAAUUUUACUAUUUCAUUCAGCAUAGUUUGCAUUUUUUCAAAGUGUUAAAGGUUUAAUUUUUUUCUAGCAAUUGUUUAAGUCUCAGCUUCUGUAGUCUGAUUAUUAAAGAAUGACAACUGCAUUGCUUAAACCUUUCCAAAAUAAACUCGAAGUAGAAGAUCACCGCAUGAUUUUGGUGACUCUGUAUAAAAACCUGACCAUUUUUUGUCCCUUCUAUGUUUGGACAUUAAGCCCAUUUCUGUAAUUUGAACUACACAGAAAAAAAAAACAAACCAGAGGGCACUCUUAUUAUAAGGCUAGGAGGGAAAUAAAUGUUAAGUGCUGAACAAAAAGUCUUAAAUGUCUCAAAAAUAUUUGGUGCCAAGACCUAUAGACCCUACUGAAUGAAUGUAUUUUCAGCAAGACUUAAUUGUUAUCCAGAAAUGCUGGUGGCCCAUCCAUAGAACAGCAAGGACCUAUCCUAGAAAUCUGUCAUCAGCAAUCUUUGAUCAUGCAUGACUUGAGGUGGAGUAUGUGUGUGAUUAAGGAUUGCUGGUAUGGUGGAUGUUGUCAGUGGAAUUCUGUCACUCAUGUGAACUACGUGAGUAGCUCAGAGCCUUAUAGAAAGAGUGUACCACAUUGUGUUCCUGUUUUUUCUAAAGCAACAACAAAAAAAAAGAAGUUAGAGCUUCUGUUAACUUAGAAUUUGAACGAAGCUGUUGUAGUCUAUUGGCUUAAAUUGUUCUUUUGAAACCCAGAGCAGUUUUGUUGAGCAUGUGUUGGUUGAUAAAAUGUGUAGAGUAGGGAGAAAAAAAAAUCACUUGUACUAAAGGGGAACCAUAAGUUUUUGGUCUCAUUCAAAUAAAAUAGUCAAGGUGGA